AGAGGAGCAGCAAACAGCGAAACAGCCACCGUCCGCCUACGUACCGCAUAGCACGCACGCCGCAGCCGCACCGCACGUAAUCGCGAGAGGCGCUUCCACUGUCCCCAGGUGCUCUCGUAAAGGAACAAAAGACGCAGCAACCGGCCGCGAAAAUGAAAGAAGAGGAUGUCCUAACCGCCAAAAUGAUUGAGUCUGGAGAACUGAAUAGAUGGAAAGAGCUUCUUCGUUUGAGGCUUACGGAAUGUGGCUGGAGAGACCAAGUCAAGCUUCUCUGUCGCGACGCAAUCAAGCAAGGCAACGUGGAGGAAAUGACUGUGGAUCAGCUGAAUAAUGAAGUUACUCCGAAAGCCAGACAAUUGGUCCCUGAUGCUGUGAAAAUUGAGCUGCUGACAAAAAUCAAGACCUUCCUGCAAGAGAACACUCUGCAAGAGUCGCAGUGACUUAUUGCUCUGUUGACUGAAUAUAUUUUUUUUCACUCUCUGUGCACAGACUGGAGGCAUGAACUUUGAAAUGAUUGAAGUAACCAGCUGUAUGAUUGUGUAACUAUAUACAAGCAAAUAAUACCCUAAUUAAUUAAACGUUUAAAAAUUAA